CAUGGUCCAGUCCAGGGGGGCCCGGGGCUUGCAGCUAGCCGGCUCUCAGGAGGCCCUCAGCUUCCCCGCCUCGCAGCUCUUCACCAACUGUGACCACUUCCCUUCUGAGUUCUCCUUCGUGGUCACGCUCAAGAUCCCACGCCUUGCCAACAAGAGGAACGAGUACAUCUUCUCGUUGGUGGAGGAGGAGUCAGACCGGCUGCUGAUUGGUCUACGUGUCUCUCAGGAGAGGCUCCACUUCCUGUUCCAGGGCCCGACAGGCAGGAAACAAAUCACGUUUAGGGAGGUGCGGCUGGCGGACAACCACUGGCACACGGUGGUGGUAGCCAUCACCGGGCGCUACGCUACACUCAGUGUGGACUGUGGCAUGGCCCUGGAGCUGGUCUAUGAGAAGCCUUUCCCCAGUGAUCUCAGCACCGCCAACUCCAGGUUCUACAUUGGCAGCAGGAGGAGGUGGAAAGGACUGUUCUCUGGUCUGCUGCGACAGCUGGUUCUGUUGCCUGGUUCAGACGCUACCUCCAGAGUUUGUCCCUCUUCAGACCCCAUACUGGCAGUCCUCUCUGUCCCUCAGGCCCUGCUCACCGUGCCCAUCACACCCACUGGGAACAACAUAGUCCCUCUGUAUUCGUAUGAGGCUGAAGUGCAUAUAACCCCUGGGAGCCAGCCUCCCUGUGCCAAGGCAGAGCAGGGCCAGCUGUGGUUCAACACUCUGAAGAAAGGCCUGUUCCUGUGUGAUGGACUGCUGUGGCUGCCUCUGCUGCAAGAGAAAGAGCGUCUGGACUAUGUGGAAGACUACCAGGACCUUUACACCAACUCAGAGACGUUCGACAUCGAGGUGUUCCACAUCCCCUCCCAAGGACUGUUCGCUGCCACAGCCAAUCGCGAGACCAAGCCGGGCUCUGGGAUCUACAAGUGGGUGGAUGGGAAGUUUCAAGUGUAUCAGAACAUCACCACCUAUGAAGCACGUGCAUGGAAGUACUUCACUGUGGGCAACAAGAUGUUCCUAGCGGUGGCUAACUCCAAGGGCCAGCCUGGUGGGGAGUGGGAGGAGUCAGUGAUCUAUAAGUGGAGCAGCAGGAAGUUAAUGUUCCUUCGCUAUCAGACCAUAGAGACACACAGUGCUCUGGACUGGGAGGCCUUCAGCAUACAGGAAGAACAUUUCCUGGCUGUGGCCAAUCACAGACGAGGGGACAACAAUCACAACAUCGACAGUGUGAUUUACCGGUGGAACCCAGGGACCAAGGUGUUUGAGGUGAAUCAGACCCUCGAGACGUCUGGGGCCUACGACUGGGAGUUCUUCUCUGUGGGCCCAUACCACUUCCUGGUGGUGGCCAACACCUUCGAUGGAAUAUCCACCGACAUCAACUCCACCAUAUACAUCUGGCUGGGAGGAAUGUUCCAGCCCUUUCAGUACAUCAAGACGGUGGGAGCAACGGACUGGGAGAUGUUUCAGAUAGGGAAUCGGUACUUCCUGGCGGUGGCUAAUGGUCAGAAACUGAACGAGAGAGGUCCUAGUCAUUACAACAUCAACUCAACCAUCUACGAGCUGAACAGGAUCACACAGACCUUCAUCAAGUUCCAGGACAUCGUCACAAACAGUGCGGUGGACUGGGAAUUCUUCUCAGUGGGUGAAGAGAAGUUCCUUGUUGUGGCCAAUUCUCACGAUGGAUCCUCAUACUCUUUAAACAGUGUUAUAUACAGGUGGCAGGGAUACGAGGGCUUUGUCCCUGUCCACCGGCUCCCAACCAUCGGCUGUACGGACUGGGAAUAUUUCAACACCACAGCAGGAUCCUUUCUCGUCUACUCUAGUGCCACCUCUCCCCUGUCUAAAGUCUUCACACUGAAGACCUACUGAGGAUGUUGGAGAAACCAGAUAGUGAUAGAAGUACAGCUUUUCUAGUCUUGCUUGCCAGACUCAGGGCGUUCCUGGACAGUUGUGUCGGAGAUCCAGAGGCUGUGGGAGAGAAUACUGCUUUUAAACUAUGAGAGAGAUUUACAUUUACAUCAUUUUAGCAG